UUUCCUUUCCCAUUUUCAACAUACUUAGGACUGCCAGAGCUACUGCCACCUGCACCUCCUCUCUUUCUUCUUUCUCCUCUACCUCUCCCUCACUAUCCGAUAGCAGCCGCUGACAAAUACACUGCUCUUGGUUUCCAGCACUUGUGGAAAUAUUUCCAUUGAUCCAGCAGUGAGUGAGCACCUGCCUCGUACCAAGUCUCUGAACAAGUGAGGUGCAGUCGACAAGAGCUUCCAAAUCAGAGGCAGACCUUCUCCAAACCACUGUCCGGCACUCAGCUCUUGUUUCUGCAGGACCAGUUUUUGGUGCAAACAGCAAGGACUAAAAUUGUACAGCCUCUCUGUUUGCCUCUGUCACAUUGCUAGCUACUUGGCAGCUCUCGCCCCCGUGUCACCAUUCCCUGCCUCAGUGCUAAGGAUUCCAGCUACAUGGGCAAGCGAUUGGAGCAGCAGCCAAUGUACCCUCAGUACACCUACUACUACCCCCACUAUCUCCAAACCAAGCAGCCCUAUGCUCCUCCCCCUCAUCCCAUGGCUCCUCCCAGCCCCAGCACCAACAGCUGCAACCAAGGAGGGGCGGAGCAGCUGAGUAAGACCAACCUGUAUAUUCGUGGCUUGCCCCCUGGAACCACCGACCAAGACCUCAUCAAACUUUGCCAACCGUAUGGAAAGAUAGUGUCAACCAAGGCCAUUCUGGAUAAGAACACUAACCAAUGCAAAGCAACAAGAGCAGGACCCCACCAACCUCUAUAUCUCCAACCUGCCAGUGUCUAUGGAUGAGCAGGAGCUGGAGAACAUGCUGAAGCCCCUGGGUCACGUCAUCUCCACGCGGAUACUGAGGGAUGCUAAUGGGGUCAGCAGAGGAGUCGGCUUUGCCAGGAUGGAAUCCACAGAGAAGUGUGAAGUUGUGAUACAGCAUUUCAAUGGAAAAUACCUGAAAACCCCACCAGGAAUUCCAGCCCCCACGGAGCCUUUGCUGUGCAAAUUUGCCGACGGAGGGCAGAAGAAACGCCAAAGCCAGAGCAAGUACCCUCAGAAUGGGAGGCCGUGGCACAGAGAAGGCGAGACUGGCAUGGCGUUAACAUAUGAUCCUGCUGCAAUGCAGAAUGGGUUUUACUCCUCGCCUUACAGCAUCGCCACCAACCGCAUGAUCGCACAGACCUCCAUCACGCCCUUCAUCGCUGCUUCCCCUGUUUCCACAUAUCAGGUCCAGAGUACGUCAUGGAUGCCUCAUCAACAAUAUGUUAUGCAACCAACAGGUGCAGUGAUCACGCCAGCCAUGGACCACACUAUGUCCAUGCAACCUGCCAGCAUGAUGGGCCCUAUCACCCAGCAGAUGAACCAUCUGUCCCUGGGCACUACAGGAAGUUACAUGACUGCUGCAGCUGCCGCGGCACCUAUGCAAGGGACCUACAUUCCCCAGUACACUCCUGUGCCUCCAACAGCCGUCCCUGUCGAAGGAGUGGUGACAGAUACCUCACCCCAGACUGUGGCUCCUUCAUCCCAGGAGGUGGCGGGCCAGCAGCAACAGAUCCAGGUGGACAGUGCUGCCGACCAUGUUCCUGCUUUCUCAUACCAGUCUAAAUAGCGAACGGCCAGAGCGAAUGUUCCUGUGACAGCGUUGCCUUGAGACGGAGGGUGGCUGCACUGUGAAUGUGAGAAAAAGAGAAAAGAUUACUUCCAGAUUGCCCAGGCACCAAAAAAAAUAAAAGAAAAGAAGAAGAAGAGACACUUUUUUCAUUUCCUACCUGGUCUACAAGAAGAAGAGGAAAAAAAAUCAAGACUGAGGCGACGAGUUCUGAGGAAAAGGGGAUGAGGGGAAAUUACUGGGCACCGUGCAAAGAAAUUGUUUAGUCUGGGAAAGCUGCCUAAAGGACUGAGCUGAAGCCUGAAAAGUUUCUCCAAGAAAAUUCUCAACUAAUUAAAAAAAAUGACCAAAAAAAAAA